AACACAACGGCAUUGUUGUUGGGGGAAGAGAAGCUCGGGCAGCUGCUGGGCUCUGCCACUUCCAACCGCUUCCUCACAGUCCUGUCGCUCAGUAUUCAUCCCGAUCAAGGUGUAACACUUGAAACCGUCUCCGGCGCCCUGGAUACCUGUCCGUUACCUUCAAGUUUACCUGCGGUUCAGCGCGAGCCGCGGCCGCCGUUGGAUGAGCGGACUGAAUGUGGAUUUAACUGCCGCUUUGCUCCGCAGGCCGCGCCGCCAUUGCUGCUGUUUUUAUAAGCUGAAUUCGUGAAAAUACCGAGCUUUUAGGGUCUUUACGGCCUCAAAAUGAAGAAGAAAAGCAGACAUCACCGCUCGGCGGUGCUGAAGAGGGACUCCUCUCCCAUCAAGCCGUCGGCCAACAGGGAGACACUGACAUAUGCACAGGCUCAGCGAAUAGUGGAGCUGGAGGUGGACGGCCGCGUGCACCGGCUCAGCAUCUAUGACAAGCUGGAUGUCAUCACCGACGACGACCCCACGGCUCAGGAGAUCAUGGAGUGUAACAGCAACAAGGAGAACAAUGAGAAGCCCCAGCAGGUCCUGGUGCGCUCUGUGCGCCUCAAAAACAACCAGCAGAAGAAGAAUGCGGCGCUCACAGCCUCGCAUGGCGCCAUCAGCACGCACGGCACUGCCAGUGGUCUGCUGGAGGCAAAGGUUAGAACGGUUGAAUACAAUCUGCCGGUGGUGCCAAAGAGGCCGGCAGCAUAUUACAAAUACACAGAGAGGACAGCAGAGGAGCUGGACGAGGAGGUGGAGUACGACAUGGAUGAGGAGGACUACGCCUGGCUGGAGCUAAUCAACGAGAAGAGGAAGAGCGAGGGCAUUAGCCAGGUGUCGCACAACCUGUUCGAGUUCCUCAUGGACCGCUUCGAGAAGGAGUCUUUUUCAACCACGCAGGGUCAGAGUGACCUACAAUCGCUGGUGGACGAGGACGCCGUCUGCUGCAUCUGUAUGGAUGGAGAUGGAGCCGACAGUAAUGUCAUCCUCUUCUGCGACUCCUGCAACAUUGCUGUGCACCAGGAAUGCUACGGCGUGCCAUACAUUCCUGAGGGCCAGUGGCUGUGCCGUCACUGCCUGCAGUGCCCGUCACGGCCCGCUGAUUGCGUCUUCUGUCCUAACCGAGGUGGAGCCCUUAAGAAGACUGAUGACGACCGCUGGGGCCAUGUAGCUUGUGCCCUGUGGGUGCCUGAGGUUGGCUUCUCUGACACGGUUUUCAUCGAGCCCAUCGAUGGUGUCCGCAAUAUCCCGCCAGCGCGCUGGAAGCUCACCUGUUACCUCUGUAAAGAGAAAGGUGCAGGAGCGUGCAUCCAGUGCGAUAAGAUCAACUGUUACACUGCCUUCCACGUCAGCUGCGCCCAGAAGGCCGGCCUCUACAUGAAAAUGGAGCCGGUCAAGGAGGUGACGGCGUCCGGCUCCACAAGCUUCUCUGUGAAAAAGACCGCCUACUGCUGCAGCCACACACCUGUAGGCUGCGACCGCCGACCGCUCAACAUCUACGAGGAAUCGCACCCGAAAAACGGAGCCUGUCAAAAGAGGACUGAGAAGAGGGGGAAGGCCCGGACCAAGGGCUGGCAGAAGAAGAAGACUAAGAGAGCGGAGCCAGAACCUGAGACUCCCACCAACUCGGGGCCCAGUAUCACUGCUUCAAGUUUUGACACCAUCCUGAACCAGGUUGCUGUUCAGAGGAAGCGUCCGUUCGUUGAGCGUGUCCUGAGCUACUGGGUGCAGAAGAGACAGUCGAGGAACAACGUGCCACUGAUCCGGCGGCUGCAGGCCAACCCUCAGCCAACCAAAACCAAGCAGAUGGACCGUUUGGAGACGAACCAGGCGCUGAAGGAGCAGCUGAAGGAGUGGCACCGCCUCCGCCAUGACCUGGAGCGAGCUCGCCUGCUGCUGGAGCUCAUCAGGAAGAGAGAGAAGCUGAAGAGGGAGGAGAUGAAGCAGCAGCAGGCGGUGCUGGAGGUCCAGCUUACCCCCUUCAACAUCCUGCUGAGAGCCGUGCUCAGUCAGCUGCAGGAGAAGGACCAGUACAGUAUUUUCGCCCAGCCUGUCAGCAUCAAGGAGGUUCCCGACUACCUGGACCACAUCAAGAACCCCAUGGACUUCUCCACAAUGAGAAAACGCAUCGACGCUCAUGAGUACAGGAGUCUUGAGGAGUUUGAGGCCGACUUCGACCUCAUCAUCGCCAACUGCAUGUUGUACAACGCCAAGGACACGUUUUUCUACAAGGCAGCUCAGCGGAUGCAGGACCAUGGAGGAGUGAUCCUCCGCAGGGCCCGCAGAGAGGCCGACAGAAUCGGCUUCGACUAUCCCAGCGGGUUGCAUCUUCCCGAAGCCCCCAAACUAGAGGAGGCACCUCCCUUCUCCUGGGAGGACGUGGACCGCCUGCUGAGCCCCACCUACCGCCAGCUGACUCCUCUAGAGGACCAGCUGAGGGAGCUGCUGGAGAAGCUGGACAUCAGCACGGCCAUGAAACACAGCCCGUCCCGCAGCAAGAGGCUCAAACUGCUCAAGAAGACCAUCAUGGAGGUCCGCAGUGAGAUGAGCCUGAAGAAGUCCCUCCCAACGCCGCCGCCUGACGCCCCGGAGCCCGAGCUAAGCCCCGCUGAGUCAGAGGAGCAACCACUAACUGAACCCCUGGCAAAGCCUUGCACCCCACAGGAGGAGAAAUCUUUACCUCCACCAACGUUAGAGCUGUUAACUUCACUGUCACAGCUCAACACCUCGCCCAGCGACUCAGAGCCGCCACCUUUGAAGGCCAUCAUACCCAGCGUGGACCAUACUCCCAUGGAGCUUGAUGGCGACACAGACACGUCUACCUCAGUGCCCCCGGACGCCCCCAGUAGGCACAUCCAUGACCCGCUACUCCUCAACGGCAACCUCCACACCGAAUCCUCUGGCGCCUGCAACCGACGGACCAACACCCUCUUCCGCAAGUCAAAGAGCGCCAGCCCCCAGAAACCACCCAAGACCCAAGAGGCAUCCCCUGUGUCGCUGUCGCCCAUGGGCGCCAAAACCUUCCUGUCAGUGGUGAUCCCUCGACUGGAGACCCUCCUCCUGCCGAAGAAAAGAACACGCAGCAGCAGUGGAGACGGCGAGGAAGAAGAUGAAGAGUCACCAAUAAAACGCCUCGGCACAGGAAUAGCAAACGGUUUUGUGGUGGAGGAGGAGGAGGAAAUCUCACCGUCUCCUCGCCUGCUUGAGCCUCGCCGGCGUUGCGCCUCCGAGUCGAGCAUCUCCUCCAGUGGAAGCGUCCUUUGCAGCGCGAGCACCGUCAUCGUGUCUAAAAGCGGGAAAGGGCGGCCGCCGGCAGCUCGACGGAGCACCGUGGAUGACAAAAGCGCUCUGAGGACCUGCAUCGAGAAUGGAGAGCUCACCAAAGCUGCAAAGACCUCUUCGGAGGUGUGGAAGCCCACCGCUGCUUCUCCAUUUGUUCUGGAGCCUCUUAAACUAGUUUGGGCUAAAUGUAGUGGAUAUCCCUCCUACCCUGCCCUGAUCAUGGACCCCGGAGUGCGGAAGAUGGUGUGUCAGCACAACGGGGUGGAGCUUCCCCAGCCGCCGCUGGACGUUCUCAGAGUCGGAGAGCGGAUGCAGUUCAGGUCCGCAGAGAAACUCUUCCUCGUCCACUUCUUCGACAGCAAGCGCAGCUGGCAAUGGCUUCCUAGAUCCAAGAUGGUUCCCUUCGGGAUCAACCAGUCGCUCGACAAACUGAAGCUGAUUGAGGCUCGCUCCUCCGGCAUCCGAAAAGCUGUGCGGCUCGCCUUCGACCGAGCCAUGAACCACCUGAACCGUGUCAGCGGCGCUCUGGAGACGAGCGCUGGUCUCACCGUCACGGACUGAACCCUUCUACCACCUUCACCUCUGAAAUCCUCCCAUCAUCCAUCUCUCCUCUUUGUCCUUUCAGCUUUCUUGUUUUGAACACCGUCACAGCAGAGACGCUCAUUUUCUGUCUCAUACGCACAACAAACACACACACGUCAUGUUUACCAUUUCCUGCAAACUGGAACCGAAUCGUUCUCGCGUCUCCCCCGCACAUCUUCCCCCCACCCCUCCAUCUGAAAUACUGUAGCUUGUGACGGCUAUUUUGUUUUGUCAAAGAGCUAUGCAACGAAUCCGACUCGGUUAGCGGGUGCAAAAAGUUGAAACGAAAAAAAAAAAAAUCAAACCGGGGCUGUGAGGACCGAAAAAUAACGGGUCUAAACCUGUUGAAUGUGUCAGAGUUUGACCUCUGACCUCCUUAAAUGUGCUGCAAGACUGCUGCAACAGUUUCACUGCCACGAAAAUGUCCAUCAGCGUGCUUGUGACUGCUGCAGCUCCUGUAAAUAUCCUGUACAAGGCCUGACACUAAUUUAUUCACUCCCUCAGUUUGUUUUGGUACAUGGUGUUCAGAUAUUUAUACAGUCGGAGGUGAUGAUCCACGUCGUCGUCGGCACUGACGGUGUCGGCCUUUUUAUUCUGGUGCUAUCUCCACAGAGAGAAAAAAUGAACAUGCAUACUGUAAUGAACAUUUUAAUUUCAGCUCCUUUUUUUACGGUUUUUGUAAGUUAUUGAGUUCUCACGCUUCUUUGGCAUUAAUUUUUUUUGUGUCUGCAUCUUUUUUUUUUUUUUUUUUUUUUUUAACCUGAAUGUUUUUACUGGACUACUUCUUUUUGUGUUUGUACAUAUUUAUAUAAAAAUCUAUAUAGAUGCUCUCAAAGUUUAAAAUGCCUAAAGUGCAUCAUUCACACCAAAACCAAAAAAACGCUGCCCACAAGAUUCCCACUAAUGUGUUUAUUUUAUUCAUUUUUUUUUACAGUCUUUUUCAGGUUUGGCCUUUCUGUUUGUGUGCUGUGAUUAGUUCACCAAGUCUUCUGUAAAAUGUCACAGAAUCAUCUUUUCCACCUGAACUGAACUACAGUCAGCUGUAGGAGAGAAGAUAAUGUGCCUGUACUAAUUUAUUGUAAAGCAGAAAAUGUAUAUGCAUUACUUUAUAGAGAGAGUAUUGUAAGAAAAUACUAUGGGCACACGAGGAGCCAUAUGUAGAGGCUCUUCCUAUUUUUUUUCUUUUUUUUUUUGAUUGAUAGCAUUAAAUCUGAGAGGUGAGGUGAUAGUGUGUGAUGUUUUUAUUUUGGCAGGUUAGCGAUGGGUAGACUUCCUGUUUUGUUUGGCCCUUCUGGAUGUGGAUGUUGUGUGUAAAUAGAUUUGGUACUUUAGCUGAUUCUCUGGGAAAAACCACAGUUAUAGCCAACGGGAGCGGAAACCAGCCGACGACAGGCCGGUGGGAUUUUUAUACUAAAACACUGAAAAAUUAAAAUAUGUUAUUGAAUCAC